AUGUCGAGCUGGGUAUACCAGGCUACAAAAGCAGAGCUGGUAGAAUACGCGAGUGAAUUCGGCGUGGACCCAAGCGGAGGAUCAAGGGAACUAAGACAAAGACUGUCAACAUACACGAAGAGCACGGAGCACACAGAAGAGAUCAGGACAAGAUUAAUGGAGGUAUCAAGCAAGUACAAGAAGAUGGAAAUACCGGGUGGAGGGGCCCAGGUCGAGCCGGACAGCAAAAGGACAGCCACGAAAGAGGAGACUCAGAGCAUGGGAGACAGGAGGAAAGUGGAAUCUCUGGACAGAGUAAGAAGUUGGGGAAUACGAUACCAGGGCACAUCCAACCCACUGGAGUUCCUAGGCAAGAUGGAAGAAUGGGCCACAGGAUAUGGCAUAGACAAGGAUGAAUUGGUACAAACGAUGCCUUUUAUCUUGGAAGGCGCCGCAGAAGACUGGUGGAAUACGACGCCAAGUCGGGUAAGAACAUGGGAAGAACUGAGAGGGGAACUCCUAGAGUACUUCCCUACCCCAAGGUACCAGGAGCAACUGGAUUUAAAAAUCGGACAACUCCGGCAGAAAGAAGGGGAACCCACUCGGGCAUAUGCAAUGGAGCUGAGGAAGCUGAUGAGGUUCACCAGUUACUCAGAAAAAGAGAAACUGGAUAGGAUAUACAAGAACUGUCGGAGCAAAAUAAAACUUUAUGCACGAAGAUCAGGUUUUGCAUCACUGACAGAGUUCCUGACACUAGCAGAGGAGGUGGAGGAAAUCGAGGCGGCGGAAAAUCAGGAUCACCCGGCAGAGACAAGGAGCCACGGACUAAGGCCGGAGAUCUGCAUGAGGUGUGGAGGAACAGGACACGCCACAAGGGCGUGCGGCAACCCUCCAAGGUUAUUCUGCUGGGUGUGCGGGAGAAACGAGCGGAGGACAACCGAAUGUUGUAGAGCCCGGCCGGACGUCAACAGGAGGCGGGAGCAGGCGACUCUGGCAGUACAGGACCGAGCACUAGGACCGGCAGGAAGAGGAGGGAUAACCUACGAUGGAUUCCAGGCAACGGCAGAGGUAAGGAUCGGAACGAAAAGGGCGAAGGGAAUAGUGGACACCGGGGCAUCAAGAAGCGUGAUCGACGAGGGAAGUUAUCGAAGCCUAAGGAAGCAGGGUAGAUGGAACGAGGAAAGGGAGGAAAUAACCCUGGCAAACGGAGCAAGACAAAAGGUAAUGGGGAGUUUCGCCACGCUCGUCCAGUUCGGGAGCAAGCGAUUCAAGCUAAGUUUCUUGAUCCUGGACCAAGUGACAGGAGGAAUGCUGCUGGGGAUGGACUUCUUGGCAAAAGUAGGAACGAUAAUACGAUGCGACCAUCAGGAAAUAACUAUCAGAGAGCCUCAGGAGGAACAAAAACGGAAACAGCGGGAGGAAGCAGGACUAAAAACGGAGCCAUCCGAGGAGGAGAUCCAGACAUUCCUGGAGGAACAAAUGAUGGUGUUUGAAAGGAUGAAGGGAUGCAGUACGAUCGCAACACACACAAUAUACAUGAAGGACGAAAGACCAGUGAAACAACGUUAUUACCCGCGCAACCCAAAACAGCAAGCCAUUAUAAACGAACAGGUAAACGAACUAUUGGACCAGGGGCUGAUAGAACCCUCACGAAGCUCAUACAGCGCGCCGGUAGUCUUGGUACGAAAGAAAAACAACGAAUAG